AUGAAUUCUAGUCCUUUCAAUCACAGAAAUUCAAACAAGCGCGCUUCACUGGCAAAAUUCCUCGGUGCUUUCAAGACAAGACAAAGUCACGAUGUGGCAGGCGAGAAAAUCCAAUUUCUGCAUGAAAUGCGAAUCAAUAAUGUCCUUCCCUUGGGCGGCGGGAUACUCGACACCAUGGCCCACUCUCACAUGCACAACUAUCACUUAGUCCUGCGCCCGGACGACAUCUGGAUCUCAAUCGUCCUGCAAUUCAUCCGCCAUGUUGACAAUCAUCCCACCCUCCCCCACACAGUGUACCGGAUUCCGAAGGCGCAGCUAAAGCCCACAAUCCACGUCGGCCUUGCGACCGACGACCGCACUCUCGCCGCGGAGCUGAUGCGCGUCUGCGAGGGACUGGUCGGCCGCGAUGUGGCCGAGUGGGUGCUCCCUAGUCUAUCGACGACGACUACUACGGACGUCGUGGUUGCAGCGACCGCUGUCCUCGGUGGAGACCCGUUGAAUCACGGCGCAGCUCUCCACGGGGCCCGGCCCUCACCGCACCCCGGUGCCGAGAGAGUUUCGCAUGUCACGUUGGCCGGCGCGAAAUCCGACUGGUCUGACAUUCGGGAACGAGUGGGCCGCCUGAGGUCGUACGCUUCCAUGCAGCUCGUCGCCUGGUCGCAUCUGCUCGAUCGCGUCCUGGCGCAUUUUCUCACUAUCUUCGAUUGCGACGGGGCCCUCGUCGACUCUGAGGCAGAGUUCUGGGGCAGAAUGUGCACGAUAAUUAGGCCGUGGGACCGCCAAGGGGCAUGUAUUUACACCGGAUGGAUGACUACUUUCUGUGUGUUCGACAUGGAGGGUCGAUGGUUGGGCCCUCGCCUGAAUCCUCAUGCAGAUUAUUCUACAGAUAUUGCGUCUCUUCGUUCUGCCGAGUUUUGGGCGACAGUUUGCAUGCAAGACCGGGACGAUGAUGUCUUACUCGGGAGACUUAUCGACGGAAUCUGGUUCCACAAUCUAGACCCGGAGCUGACUCCCCUUCCGAACCCAUUCUCCGAGCUUGAGAUUCUAGUGUCCGACUCGAGGUCAUCGUCUGCAACUUCACAUGAACCUGCAUCAAGGCGGUGCAUUCUCAAGGCAUCCGUGCUGGGUAUCCGUGUCAGCACAGCAACAAGUGAGAAUGAAUCCGACACGGUCCGCCCGUCACCUACCUGGUGGAUCUAUAAUCGCAAGAUUUUCUAUCCGGGACUAGAUACUUACGUAGCUUCGCACGACGAAGGUAACGCUGUGACGUGACCGCAAUUAAUCAUACCUCUCUAAAUUCGAGUAUCUCACGUGAUCGUGUAAACACGUGACCUAUUGAUAAGUUCAACUCGGCAACUUACUAAGGAUCUCAUCGAGAACACAGAUUCG